ACGGUUUGGGGCAGUGUCGUUCCCGGAAGUCGGCCGCCGUUACCCGCUCACCAGCUACGUGGCGCGUCUGGUCCGCAGAGACGCGGGCUCGGGGCGCCUGCGGGGACGGUGAGGCCCUGUUGAGGACUCCGGCAAGUGUGGGGCCCGGUGGCGGCGAGGCUCAGGCCCUGGGUCCGCACCGCGGUUUGACCCCAGCCCGGGCCUUGGUUAUUUCCUGGCCUUCCUGUUGAGCCGUGUAAACGCGGGGUGGGUGAUGACGGCGCCGACCUCUUGGCACUGUUGUGAGAACGAAGUGGGCGCGAGAGCAGAUGCCAGCCACAGUUUUUUGGGGGUUAUGUCGUCAUGAAGCCGGCGCUUUCAGUUGUACAACCUUGAACAAAUGGGUUCAGUAUAUCGGAAUUUCAGUUUUGUCUUCAUUUUAAAAAAUAAAUCUGGUUUAGAACUCCUGACCUCAAGCGAUCUGCCCGCCUCCGCCUUCCAAAGUGCUGGGAUUAAAGGCGUAAGCCACCGCACCAGCCUGACCAACAUGGCGAAACCCCGUCUCUACUAAAAAUACAAAAAAAAAAAAAUUAGCUGGGCGUGGUGGCACUUGUCUAUAAUCCCAGCUAUUCAAGAGGCGGAGGCAGGAGAAUCGCUUGAACCCGGGAAGCAGAGGUUGCAGUGAGCCGAGGUCGCUCCAUUGCACUUCAGCCUGGGCGACAGAACAAGACUCCGUCUCAAAAAAAAAAAAGAAAAAAGAAAAAAAAAAUCUGGAAUAAUGUGAAUGCCCAUCGUGCAAAGUGGUGAAGACCGAACGAGCUGAUAAAGUUGUUAACGACACUGCCCAUCUCUAAGAUAAGAACCUGGAAAGGGGACUCUGUUGGCCAUUGGAAAUUGCAGUAUAAUGUCUCAGGUGACAUUUAGCGAUGUGGCUAUAGACUUCUCUCAUGAAGAGUGGGCAUGCCUAGAUUCUGCUCAGAGGGACUUAUAUAAGGAUGUGAUGGUCCAGAAUUAUGAGAACCUGGUCUCUGUAGCAGGUCUUUCCAUAACUAAGCCAUAUGUGAUCAUGUUAUUGGAGGAUGGAAAAGAGCCCUGGAUGAUGGAGAAAAAACUGUCAAAAGGUAUGAUUCCAGAUUGGGAAUCAAGAUGGGAAAACAAGGAAUUAUCAACAAAGGAUACUUAUGAUGAAGAUUCACCCCAACCAGUAACAAUAGAAAAAGUUGUAAAACAAAGUUAUGAAUUUUCAAAUUCUAAUAAGAAUUUGGAAUAUACAGAAUGCGACACGUUUAGAAGCACCUUUCAUUCAAAGUCUAUUCUUUCUGAACCACAAAACAAUUCUGCUGAAGGGAAUUCACACAAAUAUGAUAUAUUAAAGAAGAAUUUAUCAAAAAAGUCAGGUAUAAAAAGUGAGAGAAUAAAUGGUGGAAAGAAACUUUUAAAUUCUAAUAAAAGUGUGGCAGCCUUCAACCAGAGCAAAUCUCUUACCCUUCCCCAGACUUGUAAUAGAGAGAAAAUCUGUACAUGCAGUGAAUGUGGGAAAGCCUUUGGCAAACAGUCAAUCCUCAAUCGCCAUUGGAGAAUUCAUACAGGAGAGAAGCCCUAUGAAUGUCAUGAAUGUGGGAAGACUUUUAGCCAUGGCUCAUCCCUUACACGACAUCAGAUAAGUCAUAGUGGAGAGAAACCUUACAAAUGUAUUGAAUGCGGGAAGGCCUUUAGCCAUGGCUCAUCACUUACUAACCAUCAGAGCACUCACACUGGAGAGAAACCAUAUGAAUGUAUGAAAUGUGGAAAGUCUUUUAGUCGUGUGUCCCUUCUCAUUCAGCAUCUAAGAAUUCAUACGCAAGAAAAACGCUAUGAGUGUCGUAUAUGUGGAAAGGCCUUCAUUCAUAGUUCAUCUCUCAUUCACCAUCAGAAAAGCCAUACUGGAGAGAAACCUUAUGAAUGUAGAGAAUGUGGGAAAGCUUUCUGCUGUAGCUCACACCUUACUCAACAUCAAAGAACUCACAGUAUGAAGAAAAAAUAUGAAUGCAACAAAUGUCUCAAAGUCUUUAGUAGCUUCUCAUUUCUUGUUCAACAUCAGAGUAUUCAUACUGAAGAAAAACCGUUUGAAGUUUAGAAAUGCAGGAAAUCCUUCAACCAGCUUGAAUCACUGAAUAUGCAUUUGAGAAAUCACAUUAGAUUGAAACCGUAUGAAUGCAGUAUAUGUGGGAAAGCCUUUAGUCAUAGGUCAUCCCUGCUUCAACAUCACAGAAUUCAUACUGGAGAGAAACCUUACGAAUGUGUUAAAUGUGGGAAGACCUUCAGCUGUAGUUCAAACCUUACUGUACAUCAGAGAAUUCAUACUGGAGAAAAGCCAUAUAAAUGUAGUGAGUGUGGAAAAGCUUUUAGCAAAGGCUCGAAUCUUACUGCCCAUCAAAGAGUACAUAAUGGAGAGAAACCCAAUAGUGUGGUAAGUGUGGAAAAGCCUUUAGAUCAUAUGAAUCCCUAUACAUGUGAGAAAUCUUACAGAAGAGAAGCAGUGUUUAUCAUGGUAAAGCCUUUGUCAGUAUUAAUCCCUUAAUUGACAUAAGUAUACUCACACUAGGAAAAAUCUGUGUACAUGUAUCAUAUGUAGGAAAGACUAUAGGCAAUGGAAUCUCCUACAAACUCCUACAGGAGAAAAGUUGUAUGAAUGUGGAAACUUUAGAAAUUGAAGGAAUUUUUCAGUUCCAAAUGCAUCCCUUAUUCUAUAGGAAAUAAACUGGAGACAAAUCUCAUUUAAGAGAUGCAGCAAAGUGUUCACUAAGAGUGUUUAUCUUGCCAGACAUCAGAAAAUGAAUGGUAGAGCAACCUGAAGGAUUUAGAAAUUACACAUAAAUCUUUGCAGUGAUGCUAUUUGUAAACAGGAUUCUAUAGGAGAGCAAAUAAACAUAAGUAUGCAUUUCUUAGAGCAGUAGCUUGCAGUUUCAGUUGAGUUCUAUUUAGAAAUUCUUUUUAGCUACUGGGCAUGUGAAGAUAUUUAGUUACCCAGAGGAGCCAGUAAAUGUUAUAAUGUUAAAAAUUAAAGCUGCAAAAGAAAUAAAAUGGUGUUAAUAAAAGUUUGGCAUCUAAUAAAAUCAUUUUGUAUAUCAU